CUGAAUUGGAGCAAAUCAGCCAAGUUCCAGCAUCUUUAUUUUUCUGACAGAUUCAGUUGUCCAUACUAGUUGCCAUAUACUAGUGUUUCUUCUUAGUUUAAAUUAAAUUAUUGACCUUUUCAUUUUUACAGUAUGACUGUGUGUGUUUGUUUGUUUGCAGUAUGUAACUCUCUGGGAGAUGGAUAAGUUUGAGAAACUGGCUAAGAUCGGCGAUUGCUCAUAUGGAGUGGUGUUCAAAUGCAGACACAGGGACACCGGUCAGAUAGUGGCCAUUCAAAAUUUUGUUGAGUCUGAAGAUGAUCUGGUCAUCAAGAAGAUCACACUGAGAGAAAUCCCCAUGCUGAAGCAGUUGGAGCAUGUGAAUCUGGUGAACUUGCUUGAGGUCUUAAGGAGAAAGAGACACCUUCAUCUGGUCUUUGACUUCUGUGAGCAAACUGUUCUGAAUGAACUGGACCCCAGUGGUGGUCCAGGUGAUGAUUACACUGAUUAUGUGGCAACACGAUGGUAUCGGGCCACAGAACUCUUGGUCGGAGAUACUCAUUAUGGUUCCCCAGUGGAUGUCUGGGCCCUCGGUUGUGUCUUUGCCGAGCUGCUUUCUGGAAAUCCUCUUUGGCCGGGACAUUCAGACGUGGAUCAGCUGCACCUCAUACGACAAACCCUGGGUGACAUGAUCCCACGGAAUCAGCAGGUGUCCGAUGUCUUCUUUAGUGGAGUCAGCAUCCCGGAGCCUGAUACCAUGGAGCAGCUAGAGAAGAGGUUCCAUGGUGUUUCUCCUCAUGCUAUCACUGUGAUGAAGUCCUGCCUAGUUAUGGAUCCAUCUGGCAGGUUAUCAUGUGAAGAGCUUUUAGAGCUGCCAUACUUCCAGGAGGAUAGGGGAACAGGAUGGGGCAGAGAAACUGAUCGCCUCCCAAGACACUAUGAGAAAGGCACAAGACACAGAGCUCCCGUGGUAUGAAUCUACAUUGAACACAAAAUAACGUUAAUAGCAAGUAAUGGAAAAUCAAUUCUGGGAGUUAAGUUGAAGUA